GGUAUUGGUGUUCGGUGCAAAAAUGUUCCAGGAUACCUUUUUGUCGGGGUAGUUUGUAAAUCCUUAUCUUGUUUCGUUGUUCCCAGGCGACCUGUCUGAUUGGAAUAAUGAGCUGCAAGGUUGUUUAGCCACAGUGCAACACAGUGUUCCCCAUGUGUGUGUUCCGAGUGUUCUCCACUUCCGAGCGGCGUUUGUUUUGCGGCGUUUGUAAACGCCAAGUUGCCGAAAGCAAAACUCCCGAAUCCAUAUUGGACGCGUACCAGACAACCACCCCCUAGGGUGCUUCACGCUGUUGUUGUUGCUGCUGUUGGUGUGGCUUGUGCUGAAGGUGUGAGCAGUUCCAGACCAGCAGGACGCUGCAGGCUUGCUCCUGCCGAGAACGCGGCGGGUGGGUGGCGGCUGCUGCAGGGGCGUUGUUUGGUAACUGCAUCGUAAUCGCAGGUAGCAACUGAAACGCCCAUCAACUGGCCGAUCGUCCAUCAAAUGGCACCACACGCUCAUCCUUCCAGUUCCGGCAGGUCCGUGGUCUUCCGUGGUCAGUAGCUUCAAACCACCAACCAGGAGGAGGGUGGGAAGGCAAUAACUCUCUUGCGCGUGGAUACACAGCGCCACCACUACAGAAGCAGCAGAAACACCCGUAACCCCGGUCUGCAUGUCCCGGCCAAGAGCGAUGGACACGGAACGCACCUGUGGGUCACUGCGAAACCGAUCACCGAUUCCGGGCCAUCCGGCGGGCUGCCUGGAUGACGGUGAGCUCGAGCAGUGUAUGGCCGAGCUGGACAUCUUCGAUGAUCCGCUCGGCGAAGAACGGUUGGUCCGGAAGCCACACUUUCUCGACUACGACAACAACCCACCGGCCGAGCUGGUGCUGGUGGAACGGCGCCACUGUCAUGCCCUAUCGAUCUACUCAGCGUUACCACCACCGCCUCCACUGGAGGACCACCAUCCGUCACCCGGUCGUGAUGAUACCGUCGUGGCAACCGUCGCAGACGCGAUGCUAGAGGGUGUCGAGCGUUCGUUGGUUAGCGGUAGUGUCCCACUAGCAGCGCUGCCAAUGAAUGCUUCCUGUGGUACCGUGCCGGGCAUGAAUGCGAGCCGCCGUUCCGACUCACCAUUCGGUGGAACGUGGCCACUGAAAGAGCGACAACAUGGUGGCGGUACGGUCGGGAACCGCAUACACCAGAAGCCGCUGGCGCCGGCAUACAUGGACGAACCGUUGGCCGGGCUCGAGGUGGGUCCGAAGAUGGAGUGCGUUUACUCGCUGCUCGCCAUGCUCGGUUCACCGAACGUGCCCGAGAUGGCCAGCAAGUUUCUCGAGCUGUCGCGCAACGACGAGAAGUGUACGGCACUCCGGCGAGCCGGCUGCGUACCGGUGCUGGUGCACAUCGUGCACAACGAUCCGAACGAGCAGGCACGCCGGAACGCACGGCUCGCUCUCAUCAACGUGAUCCGGGCGAACGGCGAGGGGACAGCGGCCCGCCGUGAACUCAAGGUACUCCGCCUGGUGGACCAUCUGAUCGAUUAUACCGAAACACUGAAGGAACAGCAGCAGCAGCAACUGAAUCAUUCGGAUUCAGGGUCGGCUGUACCAGCACGAGCGACCGGCACGGGCGAACAGGAACGUCGUCCGAUACAGGCGAUCUGUACGCUGGCAAAAAUCAGCUACGACGAGGACCACCGGAGAGCAAUGUGCCAGUUCGGGGCGCUGCAAACCAUCGCCACACUCAUCCAACUCGAUCACCAGUUGGGCCACGGUAGUGCUAGUAACACGGCUGCCACCACUGAAGCACCGCCAUCCGCGACCGAUUCCACCAGCUCCAGCAGCAACAGCAUGUACAUCGAGCUACGGCGCUACGCCAGCAUGGUAUUGACAAACCUUACCUUCGGCCAGGGUAACAACAAAGCGUUGCUGUGCGCGAACCGCGAGUUUAUGCGAGCGCUCGUCGCCCAGUUGGCACGCCCCGAGCUCGUCCAGGUGACGGCAUCCGUGCUACGUAAUCUCUCUUGGCGGGCCGAUGCGGUGACGAAGAAAACGCUCGCCGAGAUCGGCACGGUGCGCAUCCUUACCGAGGCUGCGAUGCGCUGCACCGUCGAGAACACGCUCAAGUCCAUCCUGUCCGCGCUGUGGAACCUGUCGAACCACUGCGCCCACAACCGGGCCCACAUCUGCGAGGUCGACGGUGCGAUCGAAUUCCUCGCCGGGCUGCUGACGUACGAUGCACCGAGCAAGACGAUGGCAAUCGUCGAGAAUGCCGGCGGGAUUCUUCGCAACAUCUCGAACCACAUCGCGCACAGCGAACGCUACCGUCAGGUGCUGCGCAGCCGGAACUGCCUGAAGGUGCUACUCGGUCAGCUCAAGUCACCCAGCCUGACGGUGGUCAGCAAUGCGUGCGGAACGCUCGGCAACCUGUCGGCCGGCAGUGCCGAGGAUCAGCAGUUUUUGCGCGACAAUGGCGCCAUACCGAUGCUGCGCUCGCUCAUCUACAGCAAGCACAACAUCAUCUCCAACGGUUCCCGGCUCGCGCUGCGCAACCUGCAGCAUCAAGUGAGGCCAACGAACGAACUGGUACCAACGCUCGCAACAGCAGCGACCAGCGGUGACAACCACGAUCGGCCAGCUUCCGGCAGCACAGCGGCGGCGGUAGCAGCAGCAGUUACAGGGACUACAGCAACAGCAGAAGGAACAGCAGCAACAGCAGCAGCAGGAGCAGCAACCAUCGUCGAGGGAAAGGGGCUACCUUGUCUUAACGUGCGGCGCCAGCGAGCGAUGGAGCAGGAGCAGCGAGAGUGUGCAUACUACGGCAUGAAGAAGGGCGCGGCUGGUGCUGCUGCUGCUGCCGCUGCUGGUGUGAAGGAGGAGCAGAGCAUCGCUGAAAAGCGCGCGUUGGGAGAACACGAUGAGGACGAGGAGGAGGAGGAGGAGGAUCCAUGUCUCGGAUCGGAUCGGCGAUCGGAGGAGGAAGACGAUGACGAUGAGAGCGAUAUGAUCGGAUCGGAGCGAGAACCAGAGACCGAGGAGGAGCAGCCAAUCAACUACGGGCUGUCAGAGGUGCUGAAUCUCAAUCAGCAAUCGUCGUCCAGCUACGACUACCAGGAGACGGACAUCGACCAGCUGACCGACUACUCGCUACGCUACGCCGAAAAUCAGUUCGAUUCCGACGAGGCCAAAGAGCGGGAGGAAGCGAUGGAAGAGGAGGACGAGGAGAACGUCGGUGGUGGUGCACAAACGUCGUACCGACGAGCCGGUGGCCAUGCCGUGCCGAUCGGCAUGCUGAUCCCGGAGGAUUCGGUUAAGUGCUACUACACCGAGGGUACACCGCAGAUCAUCUCGAGCGCCACCUCGAUGAGUGACCUACGGUCGGCGGCGACUCCCGCCAAAUCGGCUGCACCGGUCACCCCGGUCACCGUGUCCACCGCUACCGCACCGACAUCCGUUCCAAAAUCGAAACCCAUCCCGAUAGCGAUGCAGCGCGCCUGUGGUGGUGGCACUGUGUUGGUGGUUGUCGCUAAUGACACCGGUGAUAUGGCUACCGACGAGUCUGCCGGGCGCCGUUCGUUCGUCCGAUCGUCGGGCGGUGUGAUCGACCGGGUCGGUGAGGAUUUGGGGUGUAACACACCGGACAAACCGUACAACUACUGCGAGGAAGGAACGCCCGACUUCAGCCGCGAUGCCUCCCUCAGUCUGGUCGAUCUGGUGGCCGAGAGUAAGGGCGUCUUGACGGUGAUCGGUACCGUCGAUGCAUCGAAUCCCGGUGCCCUAGAUCUUGGACCACCACCGAGCACCAUCCCAGCGAUACCGGGUGAUGGCAUCGGUGGCGUGCAGCAGGUAACCGAGGAAGCGGUGGGCGGCACAGACACCAGCGGUGUACCGUGCGGUUCCGGAUCGGUGGCCGAAUCGGUCGGUGCCGGUCCAGGUGUCAAGUCCGUGUCUUUCCUCAACACGGCCGACGAAACACCGCUGAUGUUCUCGCGCACCAGCUCGAUGGGGUCGCUAUCGAGCGCGGAACCGGCCUGUACCGAUGACAAGAGCUCGAUCGUGAGCGAAUUCAGCCGGCUGGCAUCGGGUGUGAUCUCACCGUCCGAGCUACCGGACUCUCCCACCCAAACCAUCGCCCACUCGCCCCGGAGCUCCCGGUGUCCUGGGCCAGCACUACUGGAUGAACUGGCGGCCCACCCACCGGAGGCCAUCAAUCCGUUGACAACCGUGGCGUCAGUUGUAGGGCCUGCUGUUGGUACAGGUGGUGGUAACGGUGGCAGUGGCAUUGAACAGGCUCCACGCCACACGUCGAGCGUUCCGAUGGUGAGCACCUUCGCCGAUUCGACGACCGUCACCUUCCAGGUGGAACACACACCGGCCCUGUUUUCCUGCGCGACCAGCCUGAGCAACUUGAGCAUCGAGGAUGAGCAGGAGGCGGGGCAGCAGACCGGCGUUCCGGUACUGUCACCGGAACUGUCCAAUCCACUCUGCCCACCCACCACCAUCCCAGCGUUACCGGUGGCACCGUUUGGAUGCGAUACGCGCAAGAAGAAGGAAUGCGACGCUGCAUCGGAAGGGGACUCGGAUGAGGGUGCCGACGAUGAGUUGCUCGCAUCGUGCAUCAGCAUUGGUAUGAGCAGUGUGGUGGCACGAAAGUCUCACCCGGGCGUUCCAUUCGGUAUCACAGGAUCAAAAGGGACACAGCAGCAGCAGCAGCAGCAGCACCAUGAGAGCGAGCUAAAGCUACGGGGCCGCCAGCCUAGUGGCGGGCAGCGGCGUAACCAAGACACGGACUCCGAUGAUAGUAGUUCGGCGGGUGAGACGGCCGACCAAAGCGAUCUGCUGCUGGAGGAGUGUAUCCGGAGUGGAAUGCUCAAGCCGAAGCAGAUGCCAACCGGAUCACCGAUGCACCGUGGUGGUGGUGGCCUCCGGGUGCAGCUGCUGGAGAAGGAGCAUCCGAUUGGAAUGAUGCGUCCACUGCCACUACCGGUGCUGCCCAACGAUGAGUGCAAUCGCUACCAGCUGGAGGACAGUCCCUGCAACUUCUCGAUGAUAUCGGGGCUCUCCGAGUUAACGGUGGGCUCCGAUGCCGGUAUACCGAACGAUGGCGAAAGGCUUGCGCACCAUCGUCGGGAAAACGAUUCGCUAAGCUCGCUCUCGCUCGAAUCCGACAACGAUGACCACCUGCUGGACGAAGCGAUUGCUGCCGGUAUCGGAUCGAAGCAACAGAAUCGCAAGACCGGAACCACGGGGCCACCCUACCACUUCCCGGGAGCUUCCCAUGAUCAGCCGACGGCUGGUAAUCCGUCGUACGUCGCUUCCGAGACACUUCCCGUGGCCCGCCCGAUUGUGACCGGUCAGGAGGUAAAGGCGGAGGUGGAGCAGAUGGAAAGGGAACUACUGCCACUGCCACCGGAGCAGUCAAACGCCGGAAAUGCCGAUGACGAUGGCGACUCGAUCGAUUCCAUCGACUCGAUUUUCGCAAACGAUCCGGCCAACGAUUCGCUGCUGGAUCAGGCGAUUGAGUCGGGCAUGAAGGGGGCUUGCAUGAUGACCGAGCUUGGCCCCAUCACCGGGUACGAGUUUCAGGCUGGCAUGCUGUACGGUACCGCUGGCACCGGUGUCGGUGCCACUGGUGAAAAUAACCACAACCAGCACCACGAUCCGGAUCCACCGGAAAGUAUCUCGGAACCGCACGAAAACGACUACGAGCUGCUAACCGAGUGCAUCUACGCCGGCAUGCAGCGAAAGGGUACGCAAGGACGGACCGGGGUGACCGUAUCGUCGGACUCAUCCUCCGUCGGCCCCGUACCGGUUCACAGCCGUCCGACGCGUCCACGGCCGCCUGCCGAGCUGCCGCUGCUGCUCUCUGGUCGACACACUCACGCUGAGCGGCUGUCAAAAAACGUGCAAACUACGCCUGUGAUGUCAUCGGUUGCCGGUGCCGAAUGCGAAUCAUCAGCAGGCGUAGUAGCAGGGCUCCGCGCAAAACUCCCGCCAACCAGCUCCAACGCAAUCGACACAUCGGCGGUGGCGACGGUUGCAGAGAGGGAACCGACAGUGAGACCACCGUGCAGCACGAACAUUCCGGCUCCAACGCACCGCCAUCAGCAGCAGCAGCAUUCGCAACGACAGCAACAGUUGCUGCUACCGCAAUCAUUCGCCAUCAACAGCGUCAAUACCGCCGCCAUCACCACCACUACCACCACCACCACCACCACCACCACCACCAGCACCAUCAUCCACAACUACUACAGCAAUCAACACUGCACCAGCCUCAUCAGCAGCAGCAGCAGCAGCAACGGCGCCGUGCCCGGCAUCGACACCAGUCUGCCAGUGGCGACCAUGAGCAGAGAAUCAACGAACGCUCGCUUCAAUCAGCAGCAGCGACCGAAGCAACUGCAGCAACCGAGCACCGCCUCCGGCAUCGCUGGCACCUACGACAGGCACGCGGCCGAAGCGGGUCUCGGGGUGUCGGCGAAGAUGACGACGACAAUGGUGGUCCGAGGCGAUCUACACUCCUGCUGGGCGGAAUGUUCUUCGCCGGCAGCGAAUGGGUGUGAGCAGUCAACGGUGGUGGUGGUGGCUGCUGCCGCUGCCGCCGUGUCUCCUGCUGCAAUCGAAAAGCACAAGGACCCGGAAUUAAUGCUGCAAUCUGUUGAGCGGCUAACAGAGCGGCUCGUAGCGCACACGGAGUACUUCCGCACGGAUCACAUGGUGGAGCUGGUGGUAGGGGAUCGGACGGAUGAUGCACACCGAUCCAUUGACACGCCCACGGAUGAAACGACCGGCCAUAGCGACAGUAAACCGAUCCGCGUUCCAACAGCAACCGGGAAGGAUAUCGGCAACAAUCGUAGUGGCCCACUUCUCAUGAAACAAUCGAAGCCACUUGGUACUUCCUCAUCGAUCGCGAACACAGUCCCAGUCAAACAUCGGUCAAUCCCGGUUCCGUAUAGUGGUCGAGGCACGGUUGCCCUUUCCUCGCAACCGAAACUGAAGGCACCUGCAGCGACACAACGAUCGGCGGUCGGUCAGGACAAGCCGGUCUAUCGAACUACCGCCACUAGGCAGCAGCAGGCCCACGCAACGGUACCAAGCCAUAAGCUAAAGCCAACCGUGGGCCCAGAAGCAGGUAAGAGGCGUCUGAACGGUAUCCCAACCAGUGGCAGCAACGGUACGCUAGCGACGAGACCAACGAGCGGGACCGCUUCCGGUGGGUCCGUGACCGGCCUGAAAGGUAGCCGAAAGUCGGGCAUCCCGGGUAGCCCUUUGGCAACAUCGGCGCCUCCGCACCACACCAACAGCAAGCUGUUUCGCCCACCAACCUUUCCAGGCGAAGCUGGAUUGAAAAGUGGCAAAACAGUGUCGUCCCCCUCGCUGACCCUGCACCACAAAACCGGGCGAUCAUCGGGCGCUACACCGGGCGAACUCGGUAAGCGUAGGCUGGUCGGAGGGGUCGGGGAAAAGUCUCGCACUACGCACGGUGGUGCACCGUGCGAGAAAACGAAAAGCAAACUAGCAGCAGGCUCACCAGCGGCAGCAGCCACGGCAAAAAUGGCGUCUGCAGCAGAGAAUGGCAUCCAACCGGCGGCUGUGAAGGCCACCAAAGCCCGUCAGCGCACCUUCGUGUGCGACCGGCCCACGCCAAUCGGCAACGGUCCGCACAUUCCCGUUUCGUCCUGGGCCCUCAAGCGGAGCGGUUUGGUUGGCCAGAGCGCAACCGGCAGUAGUGGCGGCGGUUCGCCACCAGAGCUGGAGGUGGUGUGCCACCAACCGGAGGGGCAGCAACCGCUCGAACAAUCGCCGCUGGUUACCGAACGGAUCCCGAAGAUGUCACUCCCGAUAUACGGCAACUUUUGACGCUCCCGAUACUCGGAUUGACCCAAUCGAUCAACGUAAUGCGCGCAAAUUCUAGUGAUUAGUAGCUAAUUUAUUACUCUAGCCUCAACCUCCAGCAGUUCGAAAAAAAGAAGAAGAAGAAAGCAAGUCCCAUCUAGUAUAUCUAUUACUUUAUAUGACAAAGAAAACUGAUCAUCAAGAUUUAACGUUAAGGAGCGUAAUAUAACCACAAGUUUUAGGAUAAUGUAACCUAUCAGCUAGGAGAUGCCACGCCGGAGCGGAUGGUCAACAGCCAUCGGUUUUUUUUUCUUACCAUUUUCUUUCUGGUUUGUGCAAGUUUGGCUCUCUUUGAUCGCUUUGCUGCCAGGACACCCAUCAGUAUCCCAACGCCAUCGUUGGCGUAUAUUCUGCUUGAUUCUGCUGCAUUUGAAAAACCAGCUUCAGAGAAAUGUCGGCAUAGAUUGAUGAAAGGCUUGCUAAAUAUAAGAAAUCCCAGGAA